AUGCUCUCCCCACAUGGCGGAAUCCUGCAAGAUUUGGUGGCUCGUGACGCUGAAAAGAAAGAUAGAUUAUUGCAUGAAGCCCAAGGGCUGCCGCAGUGGAACCUUACCGCUAGGCAGUUGUGUGAUAUUGAGCUUAUUUUGAAUGGAGGUUUUUCUCCUUUAACGGGUUUCCUAGGUAAAGAAGAUUACGAGUCAGUUGUGCAAAAUUCCCGUCUUACCUCAGGGCUUCUUUGGACUAUUCCUAUCACCCUAGAUGUCGAUGAAGAAUUCGCAAAAAGUGUUAAUUUAGGUGAAAGAAUAGCAUUACUGCAAGAUGAUGACAUAUUUGUUGCCAUUAUCACUGUCUCAGACAUAUAUACCCCAGACAAAAAGGUCGAGGCAGAUAAAGUUUUCAGAGGCGAUGAGGAGCACCCGGCCAUACAAUACUUGAAUGAAACAGCGGGUGAUAUUUACCUCGGCGGAGAACUGGAGGCGAUUCAGCUGCCAGCUCAUUACGAUUAUCUUAACCUGCGUAAAUCGCCCGCUGCCCUGCGGGCAGACUUCGCAACUCAACAAUGGGAUCGCGUUGUUGCUUUCCAAACUCGGAACCCAAUGCACAGAGCUCACCGGGAACUGACGAUCAGGGCUGCGAAAGAGCAUAACGCAAAAGUCCUAUUACAUCCCGUUGUGGGACUGACAAAGCCGGGAGAUAUCGAUUAUCACACACGGAUCAAGGUAUAUAAGGAGAUUGUUAAGCGGUAUCCAGAAGGCAUAGCUCAAUUAGCAUUGCUUCCACUCGCGAUGAGAAUGGCAGGUGACAGGGAGGCUGUUUGGCACGCCAUUAUUAGAAAAAACUAUGGUGCCACUCAUUUCAUUGUGGGCAGAGAUCAUGCCGGCCCCGGGACGAACUCUAAAGGUGAUGACUUUUAUGGACCUUAUGACGCACAGGUCCUAGUUGAGUCUUAUAAGAAUGAACUCGGUAUAGAAGUUGUGCCAUUUAAAUUGAUAACGUACUUGCCUGAUAAAGAUAUUUAUCUGCCUGUGGAUGAGAUUGAUGGCUCUGUGAAGACACUAACAAUCAGUGGUACGGAAUUGCGUAAGCGGUUGAGAGAAGGUACAGAUAUUCCCGACUGGUUUACCUACCCUGAGAUAGUCGAGAUCCUGAGACAAUACAAUCCACCCAGAUAUCGCCAAGGCUUCGUGAUUGUAGUAAACCAUGAAAACCCUAAGCGCAUUGCAAAUGCACUACUUUCAACUUUCCUGCAAGUCGGGGGCGGCAGACAGUAUAAGAUUUUUGAUCACCAAGGCCAGCCGCAGCUCUUGGAGUUGAUACCAGAUUUUGUCAAGAGUGGGACUGGUUUGAUAGUUACAAGCCCACUCCCAUCAUCUGUGGAUGCUCAUAAUAUCUAUGAGCUUAACACAUAUCCCAGUGCACAUAUUAAGGUAUCUGCUACCGAACCGGUCACUGAGAUAGUACAGAAAACUGUUUUCUUCCUAGAAGAUAACAAAUUCUUCCAAUUCUAG